AUGAACACAGUUGGUCAACUGUCUCAUGGACGCGAGGAAGCCUUCGACUUGUUUAAACGGGACUUCAUUAGCACACCUGCAGGUGCCAAGAUCGAGGCCCAGAAAGCAGCUCUGCGUGUACAGUAUGCCGAAGCCAAAGCACUUGGACAGGCCAUCAAUUCGGCCAAGCAGGAGGCAGGUAGAUCAGGCCAGCCCUAUUGUCGUCAUUGUCUCUGUUAG